AUGAAAGAAAUAGCUACAAACCAAACAGACAUCGAGGCAGUAACAAAAUUAGACGAACAGCAUGACUUUGAUUUAGCGUCGAACAAUGAAAGACUUUUAGAAUCAGCUGUGAGCUCACACGAACGUGUCCAGGUAUAUCUCCAAAAUCAAAUUGAAGCUGAGAACAUACCCGUUGUUAUGGAAACUAAUUUGUCUCCUCCCAAAAUCGAUGAUCCAGCUCCACAGGUUUCAGUUCCUGCACUCAACCAAGGUAAUUUAAAUCCAGAAACAAAACCCUUUGUUCCCACCCCUCCUGGAACAGUGCAACAAGCAACUAACGCAAUUUCCAACCCAACCCUUCAACGUACUCCCACUGAAUUCGAUCAUGAUCCUCAUCACAAUACUAGUAACGUCACUAUUGUUCCUCAGCAACUUACCUCCGAUGCAAGGUGUUCUGACAAGACUUGUCCACCUUCUUAG